CCUCAAAACCACCAUCCACAAAACAACAAAGAUAGUAAAAAAGUUCCAAAACUUCAAUAAUGGAAGCAAAGCAAAAGCUUGUCAUCUUUUUGACACUUGUGAUGGUUGCAGCCGUUGGAUUUGAAAUGGUGGCGGCAGGAGAUUCAUCGUGUGGUUUAAGCAUUGCUGAUCUAAUGUCAUGUAAGCCAGCAGUAUCUGGUCCUAAACCAUUGCCACCAUCUGAAAAAUGCUGCACUGCUUUAAGCAAAGCAGAUUUGCCUUGCCUUUGCACUUUCAAAAACAGUCCAAUGAUAUCUGCUUUCAAGAUUAAUGCAACUCUUGCCAUGGAUCUUCCCUCAAAAUGCAAUCUUAGUUCUCCAAAUUGCGCUUAAUUAAUUUAAUUAAUGAUCGUACGGACUACCCCUUUCACUUGAUGUUAUUGUUUUGUUUCAUUAUCUAUUGGCUUUGUUAAUUGUUUCUUUUUUCUUGGAAGUGUAGACGUUCCUAGCGUCAUCUUGCUGUCUUAUUUUAUUUUUUAAAUAACUUGGAGUGGGGUUAAGAUCGAUUUCAUGUUAUGGCAAGAGUUUGUGUUGAUCACUCGAGAGUUAUGUUAAUAAAGUUUGAUGUUUUAUGUCACGA